CAAAAACGGCGUGCUGUUUUGUUUUAGAAUAAAGCUUCUUCGUUUUUUGGUUCUUUCUCUUAAAAUAUCUUCGCGACAAAGAACCAUCGGAGAAGAGGAAGAAGAUCAGUGUAGAGCUAUCGGGAAAUUUAUCUGAAGAGGAAACUGAAAUUGAGAUCGAAGUUUUGAGUUUGGGUAAAAAAUGGUAGGAGGAGUAGAAGAAUUGAGUAUUGAACAGUUAGCUUCGAGUAUCUCUACCUACAAAGAACAACUCGAACAGGUUAGGCAGCUUUUGUCAGAGGAUCCUAGGAACUCGGAAUAUGCAGACAUGGAAAAGGAGCUUAAAGAGGUGAUUGCAUUGACAGAGGAAGUUCUUGCAACUGCAAAGCAAAAUGAGAUUUCUCUAUCAGAUGCCGGAGUUAGUGCUGAAGCAACUCCUGGCUCACCCGAUUUAGAGGGUGCUUGGGAAAAGACGGGUUUAAGGAAUGACCCAAUCCAUGAGGGUAAGUUCCCUGUUGGAACUAAAGUUCAAGCUGUCUUUAGUGACGAUGGCGAGUGGUAUGAUGCGACCAUUGAGGCACAUACUGCAAAUGGCUAUUUUGUUGCUUAUGAUGAGUGGGGAAACAAGGAAGAGGUGGAUCCAGAUAAUGUGAGGCCAAUCGAGCAAAAUGCUAUUGUCGAAGCUGAGAGAUUAGCUCAAGCUACCAAAAAUGCUCUCAAAAGAAAGAUUGAGAAAGCUGCGAGUUCUGAUUAUCAGACAAAAACUCUACCAGCAAAGCUCAAAAUCGAUCCUAAUGAUCCCGAGGAUGUAAAAAUAGCUAAGCGUAAGAAGAUACAUGCUUUCAAAUCCAAGGCAAGGUUUGAGCAACUCGAGGUUGUGCAGAACAAGAAACAGAAUGAUUGGCAACAGUUUCAGACGACUAAAGCCAAAACUAAAAAGGUAGGGUUCUUCACAGGGAGGAAGAAAGAGAGUAUAUUUAAAUCACCUGAGGAUCCAUUUGGAAAAGUGGGUGUGACUGGAAGUGGGAAAGGUUUGACAGAUUUCCAAAAGCGAGAGAAGCAUCUUCAUCUCAAGUCUGGUAAUGCUGAGGGCACUGAUGAAUGAACGAGAGAUUUUUAUGCUUUUGUAAGGAUUUUCAGGUACUUAAAAAGUCUUUCUUCUGUCUCCAGUAACCUCUAAAAACAAAAGGACCUAAACCCGCAAUUUUUUUGUGGACUUCUGCUCUUUUGUAAGAUGAAUUAAAGAUUAGUUUUAUCUUUCUAUUUCUUUGUAGUGACUAUGAUGAAUAGAGCCACAGCCAAAACGGCAUUACCGUUAACAUUGUUGUUGUUUCUUCUUCGGAUGGUAAGUUGUCUAUUGAUGAAUCACUCUCACUGUCUCAUAUUGAACUGUGCCGCAUCAUACGGUUUAUGUUUAAAAUACUAAUUCAGAAAAACUUUAGACCCACCAUUUUAAUGUAUUUGUAUCAAGUUUCAUAAUGAAAAAUGGUGUUAACUGUUAAGUAUAUAUUUUCCAUGGCGUA